GCGGAGACCAGCCCGGGGGCGGAGAGUGGCCCCGGGGUCCGGCGGUGCGGCUCGCGUGGACGGAAGGCAGCGCGCAGGCUCUACGGCAGGUGCACGGGGUGGCGGUCAAGUUCAAGCUGCCAGCCCCGGGCCCGCCGGUGCCAUGGAUGGCCUGCGCCAGCGCUUCGAGCGCUUUCUGGAACAGAGGAAUUUGGCCACCGAAGCGCUAGGGGCGCUCGAAGCCAAGACCGGUGUCGACAAGCGGUACUUGGCCGCGGGAGCCGCCGCUCUGCUAAGCCUGUAUCUUCUGUUCGGGUACGGGGCGUCUCUGCUGUGCAAUCUCAUCGGCUUUGCAUACCCCGCAUAUGCUUCGAUCAAAGCUAUCGAAAGCCCAAGCAAAGAAGACGACACUGUGUGGCUUACCUACUGGGUGGUGUACGGCCUGUUUGGGCUGGCCGAGUUCUUCAGCGAUCUACUUCUGUCCUGGUUCCCUUUCUACUACGCGGGCAAGUGCGCCUUCCUGUUGUUCUGCAUGGCUCCUGGCCCCUGGAACGGGGCUCUCGUGCUGUAUCAUCGCGUCAUACGCCCACUGUUUCUAAAGUAUCACGAGGCCGUGGACAGCAUCGCGAGCGACCUCAGCGGGCGGACCCUGGACGUGGCGGCCGGAAUAACGAGGGACAUCCUGCAGGCCCUGGCCCGCAGCCGGGCUCUCAUCACCCCAGCGGCUGCGGCAGUGGGCCCCUCACUGCCCUCGGAGCCGACUAGGCCGGAAGUUCAAGAUCAAGGUGUCACAGGGCUGUGCUCCCUCUGGAGGCUCCAGGAGAUGGUCCUUCCUGCCUCUUCCAGCUUCUGGGAGCCCCAGGCAUCCCUGGGCUUGUGGCUGCGUCCCUCGGAUCUCUGCCUCUUCCAGCUUCUGGGAGCCCCAGGCAUCCCUGGGCUUGUGGCUGCAUCCCUCCGAUCUCUGCCUCUGUCUUCACACGGGUGUCGUCUGUCUCUCCUCUGUGUGUCUCUUACAAGUCACUUGUCACUGGAUUUAGCGUCCAUCUGGAUACUCCAGAAUGAUCUUCUUGAGACUCUUAAUUACAUCCUCAGGGGCUUCCCUGGUGGCGCAGUGGUUGAGGGUCCACCUGCCGAUGCAGGGGACACGGGUUCGUGCCCCGGUCCGGGAAGAUCCCACAUGCCGCGGAGCGGCUGGGCCCGUGAGCCAUGGCCGCUGAGCCCGCGCGUCCGGAGCCUAUGCUCCGCAACGGGAGAGGCCACAGGAGUGAGAGGCCCGCGUACCACAAAAACAAAAAACAAACAAACAAACAAAAAUUACAUCCUCAAAAGUCCGUUUUCCAAAUAAAGUUCUGUUCACAGGUUCCAGGGGUUAGGGCGUGGACAUGAUUAUUCAAACUUGUACACGAGUGUGCGUUCAGCUGUAGCAGAAAUAGCCAAACUGUUUUCCCAGGUGGUCAAGCCAUUGUAACCCUCAACUAACCCUCAGGGUGUGAGACAGUCCAGGGGUUUUCAGCAGCCCUUCAACCGGACUCAUGUCCUCCUGUGGGUGAGCCAACUGGUACAGGGCCGGUGAGAGAGAAGCGCAGACAACAGAGGGGUGCUGUCUGCAGAGGAUUCAAAACAGUAAGAAAAGCAUCGCACCCCCCAGAGCUGGUACUCCACAAGUUUGUUGAAUACAAUAUUUUGUGGGGUUGAUGAAAGAACUGUCGUGAUUACUAUUGUUUUAUUAACAUAGACACAAGUUUCAAGCUUGCCUGUUUUCAUUCUUUAUCCUUUAAUAAACAUCGCUUCCUGCGGGAAGUCCAUUUGGAGAAUUCCCAGUUCUGGACCCUUGAGGACUCAGCUGUGAGCGCUUCCCCUGAGAAGCGGUUCCGUCUGUAACCACCUGCGGUGUCUUCGGGCAGCAAUCCAAUCUCUAAACCAAAUGGGCCCUGCGUGUUCCUACAGGGACACAGUAAUCCCAGAGCCAGGGAUUGUAAAGACA